AUCUGAUUCUUGAGCCGAUAUAUUUCUUUUCUUUUCUACGAACAAAAUCGAAAGUAACAAAGCACCUACGCUCACUCUCCUGCUUGUUUGCUUGUUCUGCACUACCCUGCGUGAAUAGCUUCUUCGCACACAGCCACUUUCUCUUUAAACUUUCAAACGGCGACAUACUGCCAAUUUUAGCCAACCCUUUAAAAUCAGUGCGGCGUCCGGACUUUUCCUCGUCCUUUUGAUCUGAUCCGACUUUGCAAAAUGGGUAUUCGAGACAGCAUUUCUGCAAUUGUCCACAAUAAGAGACAGCCAGAUUCCUACGAGAAGAAGAAAGAAUAUACCAUUACGAAAGUUCUUGGAAAUGGUACUUUUGGUAACGUUCGUAUGGCCAACCGAAAUAGUGACCAGUUACCAGUAGCCAUUAAAAGUAUACCAAAGAAAAAUGUAGCGGGUCACUUUGAAGUAGUGUACCGUGAGAUGACAGUACUACAAGGACUGUCGCACCCCAAUAUAACAACGUUUUACGACUGGUUUGAAUCACGAGAAAAGUUUUAUCUCGUCUUUGAAUUAGCCACAGGAGGAGAACUUUUUGAAAGAAUAUGUGAACGUGGCAAAUUUACUGAAAAGGACGCUGUCGUCACCAUGAAGGCUGUCCUGAAAGGUGUGGAAUACCUUCAUGAACAUCAGAUUGUUCACAGAGACUUGAAACCCGAGAAUCUGCUUUUCAAAAGUGAAGACCCCGAUGCCGAACUAACUAUCUGUGACUUUGGUAUUGCGAAACACCUUACAGACGAGUCUGCUGUACUCACCACCAUUUGUGGCUCGCCUGGCUAUGUCGCUCCAGAAGUGCUUUUGCGUAAAGGUUAUGGCAAGCCAGUUGAUAUGUGGAGCAUAGGUGUUAUUAGUUAUACCUUACUCUGUGGAUACCAACCAUUUAGAGCAGAAGAUAGGGCCGAACUCCUAGACGAAAUUGUGCAUGCAAGAUAUGAAUUCCAUGAUCGAUACUGGCACCACGUUUCCAUUGAAGCACGAGAUUUUAUCAAGCGUUUAUUAACUAUCGACCCAGCUAAACGCCCCACCGCAUCAGAAGCAUUGAAUCACCCCUGGAUGACUACAGAUGCCGCGCUGGAUGAGGACUUGUUAGAGCAAGUGAGAGAAAAUUUCAACCCUCGACAGAAAUUCAAGAGCGCUGUACGAUCGGUCCAAGCGUUGCAGCGGAUGCGUACAGGUGCGACUGCGCACAGACUUUCAAUACAACUCAGUGAACAGGCGACGUCCGAUACCGAGGCCAACCCGGCGACACAAUCCACCCCCACAGCAUUCGGGUAAUCGACUGUAGCAAACACCUCUCCUGGCUGGCUCUUUGAGGUUGUAGUAAACUAUAGUUUUAUUGUCGCCUUGCCUCUUCUUCCCUCAUUUCUCUGAUUUUAUCUUUGUUAUCGUAAUCUUUUGCCUAUGUGUAUUUCUUAUUCAUCCUAUGGUGCAUAGCGCUAACUUCUCUUAAUCUUGUUGUACUUUUUGUUUUAUUAUUGCAAAGUUCGAAUUGAAGAUAUUUUUUUUUCUACCGCGCCCUUUUGCUACUUAUAAGCGCCUGUUGGUCAAGAAGUUGGCUAAGGGACGCAGCUGGUGAUGUUAAAGCGAUAGUGGAUGGUGCGUAUGCUCAAAAAAAAAAAGGACAUU